GUAUUCAAGCAGUCGCUACGAUUCGGUGAGCAGGGAGCACGUGCUACGCUUGUCUGCGGCUACGCGCUACGACUAUCUACGCCGUGUUGUUAUUAUGGAUAAAUUAAUCUAUAGUGAUUAAAAAACAGUGUUGUGAUAUUAUUAUUGAAAAGUUAUAAAAGAGAUUGUAUGAAAGUUAAAAUAAAUAUGAUCAGUUUAAAAGUUGGAAUUUGGAUAUCAUUAGUAAUUUUAAUGUUUCGAGAAACGCUAAGUUUAAAAAAUGUACACUUAAUAGUCCCGGAAGCGGCGGAGCGAGGGUCCACAGUUGAAAUGAAGUGCCUCUACGAACUAGAAGGCGAAACACUAUAUUCAGUGAAGUGGUACCGAGGAGAUCGUGAGUUCUGCAGGUAUUCUCCAAGAGAUGUACCUCCACUGAAGAUAUUUCCUAUACCGGGAAUAGAGGUCCAAGAAGAUGCAACUGGUGCGGAACGGCUAACAAUAGUAGCUGCGAUGUCAGCAACGGCUGAGGGCCGGUACACAUGCGAGGUGUCUGCAGAGGCACCAUCCUUCCAAACGGCACAAGUUCAUGCCUUCAUGUACGUUGUGGAUCUACCAAAAUCUGGCCCAGAAUUGCACGGAAUAAAAUUGAGGUAUAAGGCAGGAAUGAAGCUCAAAGCAGAAUGUAUCAGCCGGGACUCACUGCCGGCUGCCAAUCUCUCCUUUUUUGUCAACAAUGAACCGGCUCACAAACAGCAUGUAAUGCAUAGAGUGGAUGGUCAGACACCAGACGGAUUGAUGACAGCUUACAGCACUAUCCAGUUUGUUGUUCAAAACCACCAUUUUGUUGAAGGAAGAUUAAGGAUUCGGUGUACGGCGAUUAUAUACUCCAUAUACAUUAAAACACAUGAAAAGAGUUCAAUAGAAGUGCGAAUACCUACAACUGCGUCCAGUAAGCUGAAAGAACAUGAUGCGGUUGUCUAUUCGAUAUAUCGACAACCAGAGACAAAUGCUGGUAUACAACUCGGGCCAGCAGUGACAUCGACCAUCACAGUGCUUUCAGUAAUCAUCCUUCUGUCGACUGCAUUAAGAUAAAUGUUUCUAAGUAGUGUAGUAUAUAUUAAAUAUAGGUAGACGAAAUUAAUAAAUGUGUUCUGAUAUAGUUUAACACAUCGCGUAACAAAACAAAAAAACACAUUUGCGAGGUAAGCACAUUAGGUUGGGUAUAUUCUAAAUUUAAAUUGUUUUUAAUUAAUUUGGGUCAAUAAUCCAGCUAGACAUAGUGGAAAAAAAUAUUUUUUAUAUUUGAUAAACUAUAAUUUAAUAAUAUUUUUCAAUUAUAAGCCAUAUUUGUUAUAAUGUGUUUACUUAUAGAUUAUUGUUACUGUUUGUUUGUCAUAUUAUUAUGUAUAUAACAAAUCACACAUUUUUCCAUGUGCAAGUCAAGUAAAGAUCAGGAGUCACUGCAUAUGAGCAUUUUUUUAUUUAUGUUAACUUCAAUAAUAGAUUAUUUAUUGGAUGUUAUGUUAAUAUUCAGCAUAUUACAUACAAUAUGAUUCAUUAUCUAGUAGAUUUUUUAAUUAUUUCAAAAGAUUAAGAAAGUUUCAAAUUUUUUAUUUUUAAAAGUUUCCUAUAGACAAAUAAUUCCUGGUAAUAAAUUAACGUAAAACUUCAUUGAUCCUAUAAUAUUACCAAUAUCUAAUUGAUUUUGAUUAAAUAUCUAUCCAUUAUAUUCCAAAUAAUUUGAAUGUAUUUUGAAUACUCAAUUUUUCAUCGAGUAUAUAAUACACUUUAAUUACUUUAUAUUUUUAUUUAUACACUAGCGGCCCGUCCCGGCUUCGCACGGGUGGACAUUUUAAAAAGUGGCCAUUAAGCCUGCACAUGCGACGGAAGCUUAAAAAUGGAGUAACUUCUUCCGUUUUCCCAACAUUUCCCUUCACUGCUCUACUCCUAUUGAUCGUAACGUGUUGAAAAGUAUACUAUAACCUGCCUAGGAGCAUGAAGAAUAAUUAUAGCAAGUGUCGUUAAAAUCCGUCGAAUAGUUUUUGUUUCUAUAAUGAACAUACAGACAGACAGACAAAAAUUUUACUGAUUGCAUUUUUGGCAUCAUUAUCGAUCACUAAUCACUCCCUGAAUUCUGUACAUGAAUUAUAUUUCCAAUAUAUUGACCUUUCUACAGAUUUAUUAUAAGUAUAGAUUUUGCUGACAAAAUGUUUUUAUCUAAUGAACUUUUAAUAUUAUGGAAACUCUGAAGAAGAAAAUUAUGUUUGUUUCAAACUUUCUUAGCUUCGGCGAUCAAUGUUGGAAAUUUUACCUUACGAAUACAAUGCCAAUGCAUGAGAAUAGCACAUUUGUUUGAUAGAAUUAAAUCAACGUAAUAAUCCUUUAUAUAAUUUUAGAAUAAACAAACACAAAAAGUACCUAAAUGCCUACACCAUUGUUCUCAUUAUAAAGGCUGCUUUAUUUUAAAGUGUUCUAUUGUUCUAUAGUUUAACAGUAUUUACCGCUUUACUGGGUUGGUUCAAGAGUAUCUAUGUGUGUUGUUUGUGAGCCGCUCGUCUUAUUUCUUGCCUUUUUUUAAACUGUUCACAAAAAUAAUGAUUUAAUUCACGAUCGAUUUAGAUAUCAAUGUCUUUUCACAUAAAUUAAAUUGAUCAAUUUACUUAAUUAGUAGUGUCUUUACCCGAUUAACAUUAUCUAUUGUGUAGUAAAUUGUAAAGUACAUAGUCAAUAAUAUUUUAAAUUUACCAUCGGGAAUUAUUAGAUAUGUAGGUACUCGUUAAGUUCUAAUCAUAAAUUUAAAAUAUGAGUAAACAACGCGCAAUUUUAAAAUUAACUUAUUUUAUGAUAUUUCUGUAUUUUGUCUUUUCAUUUGCUUCAAUAUGAUCGAGUAAUCAGAUACAGUCUCAUCAAUUAUCGAAAUAAUAACUUAAGUAGCUUAUGAGAUAACAUUAACAAUUAAGGCAUCGCUAAUGGAUUAUUUAUAAAAGAAGACAGCUUUUUUAUUUAGUCAGAUGACGGUGUUAUUUUAGUACCUUUAAAUAAAUACGUUUUCUCUUAUUAUUUACAUACGAGAUAAUGAAUGAAAUAGAGGGUUUUGGUAUAUAAAAUACAUGCUUUGGUGUAACAGAUAUGAGUAUGUUUCCCAAAUGAUUUAUACAUUGACAAAAACAUCACCUUUUUGAGCCUAGAUUUACUGAUUAAUUCUGUUUGUUUUAUUAUGAAAUAAAAUAUAAUUGAGCAUGAGGUCUUUGUUGUGUAAUCAAGUUUUAAAUACAAUACAAUUUUCUUCGGGACCCAAUAGUGAUAUACGUCAAAAUAGUAAGCGCGGCUUAUUAAAUACUGAAAUUAGUUUCAAAAUCAGUUGGUAUUUGUAAAGCAGAAUAAUUUAUGGAUGUAUUUUAUAUUGAAAACUAUACUAUAAUGUCAUGGACACAUAUUGUAUAUGAUAUUGUAUGAAAUUGUAUUAUGAUAAGAAAAAUAUGAUGAGAGAGUUAUAUAGUUUGUUGUGCUUAAUGGAAGGAUACUGUUAAAAAAAAAGUUAUAGAGAACUAGGUAACUAUAGUUUAUUGUUAGAAUUUUAGCUGUCAUCUUCAUAGGCAUUCAUUCUUUUAAAAUCAUUCCUUGCAAAAAACGACAGACUUCCUCUCUAUCUUCUUGUUGUGGUUUUAUGACUGAAUUCGAAUACCCUCAUUCUGUCAUUUACAAAUGAUCCAUUUAAGUGACACGAAUAUGACAAAGGAAUGUCGAUAGAGUAGCUGUACACAGAGAAAUAUUCUAUUUUAUGACACUUUGAAAGCAUAUACUCGUAUGUAUCUCACGAAGAUAGUAUUCAAAAAGUCGUGGAAAAUCUUUGAUUUUAUUUUGAAGGUCUAUUCAAUUGAUUUGAUAAUUUGAUAAAAAAAAAGUGUGGUGAAACACUAUCAGAAACAAAAGAUGUAUCCGUGUAUUUCUUAUGACGAGAUUAUAAAGAAAAAUCUAAUCUCGAACAUGAAGUUAGGUAUAAUUAAGUUGUGAUCAAAAACCUGCCCGCCGGAUUUUUUUGAUAUUGUUGAUUUUACAUAAAUGUCUUUACGACACCGUCCAUUAAAUUGAGUAAAAAAAAAAAUAUAUAAAAUCUCCAAUAAUUUUAAAUAUAUAUGUCUAUAAUUGUAUAUUCAUUAUACUAUAAACAUCAUCCAAAUUGAACGUGAAAGUUUAUUGUUGGAUACGCGAAACUCCGAUAUCAACUGUCAUAAAAGAAUUUCUUUUAUAUUUAGUGUUGUGAUGUAUAUAAUAUAAAGUAUCGAACCUCUAAAUUGGAUUCUCUGGUAUCAAAUUUAUAAGUUUUGUCUAUAAAAAGAUCUGUUAUAAGUUCUUAAAGGAGUUACGAUUAAAUUAUAUGAUGUUAUUGUACAAAAGAAAAAAAAUGUCUAUAUAUAAAUUAUUAAGGCUUUGACUUCAAUACUUUUAUGUUAUUAGUAUAUUAUACGAGUAUUCUUAUAUAAUUUUAAUGUAAUUUGUAGAUAUGCGUAUAAUAUAUAAAUGUAAUUAAUAAGAUCAAAAAUUCCCAAUUCUGUAACAUAUCUGUGGGUGUACCCAGAUUUAUUUAUUCCUUUUCAGUUUGAUACUUACUUAUCGAAAGGUAAUCUUGAAAUGUACUUAUAUUCUUAAGGUAAUAAAUUAAGCUAAUUGAUAUUUUACUUUACGAUGAUUUUAUCUAUAGAAGAAAUGAAAGUAACUCAACAGAAAAAUGUAAAAAAUAAAAACGUUUCGUAAAUUAAUGUAUACAAUUUAUAUGUUACUCAAUUAUAUUGAUAUAAAUUAAGAAAGUAUUUAAAAUGCUUCUAUGUCUACUUACCAAGGUGCGAAAAAAAAUUCUAAUUAGUCGAAAUAUUAUCUACCGCUAUCUUAUACAAAUAAUAAAAAUGAAGGUAUAAAUUAAACAAUUUUUUUCAUACUUGUAAAUUACUGAUUACUGUUAACAUCCUAAUGAAUUGACAGCGCUUGAUUAGUUGAAUUAUGAAGAAUGUAGAAAUAUUAUAAUAUUAAUUACCCGGAACUUGUAAAACUGACUUUAAAUAUUUAUUUUUAAGAACAUAAUUAUAUUUUUAUUUCAUUAUUUCGAUAGGUUAAUAAAGUUAUGGUACAAUGGAGAAUUGAAGAUGAAACGAAACGGUAAUUUUCCUAGUCUCAUGGGUAUGCCCAUAAAAACAGCCUUUAUGUAAUAUUAUCUUAUAAUAUCUUAUUCUUUAAGUAUCCUCGUGGUGGCCUGUGUUUUAUUGUUUUGUUGCUCUAUGUAGAACCAAAUUCGUAGUUUUUCUAUGACUGAGAAAUAUUUCUUCCUUAUAUUUCCACUGUUGAUACUGUGUAGUUGUGCCAACCCGAAUUUAUGUAUUUCAUUAAAUGGAAUACACGAAAAGUAA